AUGGUCCAGACGUCAAGAAACUAUGUGAAUAUAGGAAGCACUGUUUGGGAUUACACUAUUAGAGAGUAUCCUCAACGUGAUUAUGCAGUCGGCUGUUUCCGGGGAUACUGGGCGUUGCCAAUCUAUCAUCAUCCUACUCGACACCUCCCCAUUGGUGUACUCGAAAUUGUAUCACCAUAUGGUGUUGCUGUCUUACAUCGACGUCGGGUUUUGGAGAAGCUUCAGAAUCUACCACGGGAGGUGAAUCUGACGACUACUUGUGUAAGCCUCCCUGCAGAAGUAAAUUCAUGUCAAGAUGGAGAAAUUGCUAUAAUUGACCAAGCAUUGAGCAAGGUGAGGCAAAUACGUGGACUGGGUUAUGCUGAUACUGAAACUUGGACUAUUUCUGGAGAAAUACUAAGUUCUCGUGAAGGUGUAGAUUUUAUUCGGAAGGGACAAGGGGUAGUUGGGAGAGCAUUCUCAUCCAAAAGUGCAUGCUUUUGUAGGGAUAUAAGACAAUUAAGCAUAACAGACUACCCGUUGGUACCCAUUGCACGAUCCUACAAGUACUCUGCCUGUUUUGCAGUUUGUUUGCAGAGCCCUUGCCCAAAAAAUUGCAUUUACGUACUGGAGUUCUUUCUACAUAUGAAUGAAAAAGAUGAAGAUGAAGAAGAUCCUCGGACAUUGUUGAACAGCCUAAUGGAGACAUUGAAAGAAUGCCUCGGAAUUUCUUUUAAGAUUGCUUCAGGACAAGAAUUGGGGCAGAAAUUGACUGUUGAGGUUAUAAAGGUCUCUCGAGAGGAUGAAUUUGGUUCUUUUGUAAUCUGCAGUACUACUGUUAUCGGAGGAGAAGGAAUGACAAAGCUACAAAUGGCUCCUUUUUCUGUGGAAGGUUUGGGGCCUUGUGAACUAAUAUCCUCCCAUUCAUUUAACAAUUAUUAUCACCAGUGGGUUUUCUGGAGCACAUGCGGCAAUGACGAAGGAGGCUGCGGGAAGCCUCAUCAUCUCUCAGCCACUGCGGACGGUGCCGUGUUCACGGACGACAUCAAAUGCUGUCUACAGCUUGUUAUGGAAACAUUAAUACCGUGUCAUUGUCUAGUUCAGUUUUGGGGUUUAGUGAAGACUCGGGACAAAACGUAUUUGACAACUCGUGACCAGCCUUUUGCUCUCCAUUACGGCCACUUCAAUGGUGGAGACGCCAAGAAACUAUGUGAAUAUAGGAAGCACUGUUUGGAGUACUUAUUCCCGGUCGAUGAAGAUGAUGAUGAUCAUGAGAUUGGUCCCCCUGGUCGGGUGUUCCGCAGUGGGUUGCCUGAAUUUGCAUGGCAUGUGGCAGAUUACACUAUUAGAGAGUAUCCUCAACGUGAUUAUGCGGUCGGCCGUGUCAAGGAAUACUGGGCGUUGCCAAUCUAUCAUCAUCCUACUCAGCACCUCCCCAUUGGGGUACUGGAAAUUGUAUCACCAAGUGAUUUUAACGAAUUACCUCGACGUUGGGUUCUGGAGAAGCUUCAGAAUCUACCAUGGGAGUUGAAUCUGACAACUACUUGUGUAAGCCUCCCUGCAGAAGUAAAUUCAUGUCAAGAUGGAGAAAUUGCUAGAAUUGAACAAGCACUGAACAAGGUGAGUGAAAUGUGUGGACUGUAUGAUGCUGAAAGUUGGACUAUUUCUGGAGAAAUACUAAGUUCUCGUGAAGGUGUAGAUUUUAUUCGGAAGGGACAAGGGGUAGUUGGGAGAGCAUUCUCAUCCAAAAGUGCAUGCUUUUGUAGGGAUGUAAGACAGUUAAGCAUAACAGAGUACCCGAUGGUACCCAGGGCACGACACUUGAAGAGAUCUGCCUGUUUUGCAGUUUGUUUGCAGAGCCCUUGCCCGAACAAGUGCAUUUACGUAUUGGAGUUCUUUUUACCUAUGUAUGAAGAAGUUGAAGAUGAAGCAGACUAUGGGGAAGAUGAAGAUGAAGAUGAAGCAGACUAUGGGGAAGAUGAAGAUGAAGAUAAAGUAGACUAUGGGGAUCCUAGGACAUUGUUGCACAGCCUAAUGGAGACAUUGAAAGAAUGCCUGGGAAGUUCUUUUAUGAUUGCUUCAGGACAAGAAUUGGGGCAGAAAUUGACCGUUGAGGUUAUAAAGAUCUCUUCAAAGGAUGAAUAUGAUUCUUUUGAAAUCUGCAAUACUACCGGUAUCGAAUCUACACCUAGGCUUGGCGAAGUACGAGGAGAAGGAAUGAUGCAACUUGAUUUCUCAUCUCAGCAAGUUGAUGCUGCAAAUGGUAUCCAUGAACAGCAGAAUGGAAGUGUUGGAUCUACACCUAGGCUUGCAAAAGCACAAGGAGGAGAAGGAAUGACGCAAGUUGAUUUCUCACCUCAGCAAGUUGAUACUACAAGUGCUUAUAUGAAUGGUGUCCAUGGGCAGCAGAGUGGAAUUUCUGGAUCUCCACCUAGAACAGAGCACACGCAAGAAUUAACGGUAGGAGUUGAUGUUGUACACAAUUCUCUGAAUGGCAUUUAUGAACAGAACAAUGGAAUUGUUGAAAGCCCACAUAGACAGGAGCUCCCGCAGAACAUAGAAAACAUAGCGCAUGAUGAAGGAAAUAUGGAAAUCGAUGUGGCAAAUCCUGAAAGAGGUGGUGCUAGUAUAGAACCGAGUGACAGGGAAGUGAUUAACAUAAAAAAGCAAAAGUCAAGUUAUACUUUAAAAAGCGAACUUGGAAUUACUCGUGAGGUUCUUGAACAAAAUUCUUGGAGGAAUCUUAAGGAUGCUGCAAAAGUUCUUCAAGUUAGUCGAUCUACAUUGAAGCGUAUAUGUAGGGACUUCGGUAUUAACAGAUGGCCACCUCGUAAAGCAAGAAAGGUUAAUCAAGCCUCUGCUGAACAGAGAGUUGUUCAGCCUUCUACUGAAAAUACUGAAGAACGACACCGGCCAGACACCACAAGGCUAGGAGAUGAUAGUAGCAUCUGGGUGAAAGCAGAAUAUCAAGGAGACACCAUGAAGUUUAGACUUCCAUUGUCAGCCCAUAAAUUCAACUUGGAGGAGAAAGUUGCACAACGAUUGAAUCUACCGAUUGGAAGUUUUAAAAUUCAGUAUCAGGAUGAGGAGAAUGAAUGGAUUUGGAUAGCCUGUGAUGAAGAUUUGAGUACCUGUACGAGCACGUUAAGCUCACUAGGUAGGACAACAAUUAGAAUGUUGGUCAGGUGAUAGCAUAUUUAUGAGCCUUUGUAUAAUUAAUCUAUUUUUUAAGCCUAUGGUGCUCUAGUCUGCUGUAGCUUCCAAAUACCUACAUUUUAGGUUCAUUGACUAGAUAAAUAUGGCAGAUGAAGAAGAUGCCUCCCACACUUCAAUGAUCCUAGUGCGUUGUGUCCGGUCCACUCUAUAGAACUUCUUUUACUUUGGUUUAAAAAA